AAGCCACUCCCUCCCAGACCGCACCCGGGCAGACAGAACGCGACCGGUCGUAAUUUAAAAGAGAGGGAGGGAGAAAAAGAAAAAAAGAAGGAGAGAUAGAGGGAUAGUUGCUGAGAGAAGGUGGAAAGGAUCAGACAGAAGUUUAUCUCAGCGCCUUCAGAGGCUGCAGUCUUGGGAAAAGGAGUGCAUUUCGUUGCAACACGGACACCGACCGACCGCUGAUUCUGCCCCAUAUUAGCGUCUGCAACUGAACACUAGCAACCAUGUCGGACGCAGACAAGUUUCUCUAUGUCGACCGCAACCUGGUCAACAACCCCCUGGCGCAGGCAGAUUGGGCCUCCAAAAAGCUGGUGUGGGUCCCCUCUGAGCGCCUGGGGUUCGAGGCGGGGUCGGUCAAAGAGGAGCAGGGCGACGAGUGCGUCGUGGAGCUGGCCGACUCGGGCAAGAAGGUGAAGGUCAACAAGGACGACAUCCAGAAGAUGAACCCGCCCAAGUUCAGCAAGGUGGAGGACAUGGCCGAGCUGACCUGCCUGAACGAGGCCUCCGUGCUGCACAACCUGAAGGAGAGAUACUACUCCGGCCUCAUCUACACGUACUCCGGACUCUUUUGCGUGGUGAUCAACCCCUACAAGAACCUGCCCAUCUACUCCGAGGAGAUCGUGGAUAUGUACAAGGGCAAGAAGAGGCACGAGAUGCCCCCACACAUCUACGCCAUCACGGACACGGCCUACCGCAGCAUGAUGCAGGAUCGUGAGGAUCAGUCCAUUCUUUGCACAGGGGAGUCAGGAGCUGGGAAGACUGAGAACACCAAGAAGGUGAUUCAGUAUCUGGCACACGUGGCUUCCUCCCACAAGACCAAGAAGGACCCGAACAGCGCAGUCCUGUCACAUGGGGAGCUGGAGAAGCAACUGCUGCAGGCCAACCCCAUCCUAGAAGCCUUCGGCAAUGCCAAGACGGUCAAGAACGACAACUCUUCCAGAUUCGGGAAAUUCAUCAGAAUCAACUUUGAUGUCAAUGGAUACAUCGUGGGAGCAAAUAUUGAGACCUAUUUGCUGGAGAAGUCCCGUGCCAUUCGCCAGGCUAAGGAAGAGAGAGCCUUCCACAUCUUUUACUACAUGUUGACAGGAGCUGGAGACAAAAUGCGCUCGGAGCUAUGCCUGGAGGCCUACAAUAAAUACCGCUUCCUGUCCAAUGGCAAUGUGACCAUCCCGGGCCAGCAGGACAAGGACAUUUUUGUGGAGACCAUGGAAGCCAUGAAAAUCAUGAGUAUCCCAGAGGAUGAGCAGAUUGGCCUGCUGAAGGUUGUGUCUGCAGUGCUUCAGCUGGGGAACAUGAGCUUUAAGAAGGAGCGGCACUCUGACCAGGCCUCCAUGCCCGAUGACACAGCUGCCCAGAAGGUGUGCCACUUGAUGGGGAUGAACGUGACGGACUUCACCCGGGCCAUCCUGUCCCCGAGGAUCAAGGUGGGCCGCGACUACGUGCAGAAGGCGCAGACGCAGGAGCAGGCGGAGUUCGCGGUGGAGGCCCUGGCCAAGGCCACUUACGAGAGGAUGUUCCGCUGGCUGGUGAUGCGCAUCAACAAGGCUCUGGACAAGACCAAACGCCAGGGCGCCUCCUUCAUCGGCAUCCUGGACAUCGCUGGAUUUGAAAUCUUCGAGCUGAACUCCUUUGAGCAGCUCUGCAUCAACUACACCAACGAGAAACUGCAGCAGCUGUUCAACCACACCAUGUUCAUCCUGGAGCAGGAGGAGUACCAGAGGGAGGGCAUCGAAUGGAGCUUCAUCGACUUCGGCUUGGACCUGCAGCCCUGCAUCGACCUCAUCGAGAAAACGGCUAGUCCCCCUGGCAUCCUGGCCCUGCUGGAUGAGGAGUGCUGGUUCCCCAAGGCCACGGAUAAGUCGUUUGUGGAGAAGGUGGUGCAGGAGCUGGGUAAUCACCCCAAGUUUCACAAGGCCAAGAAACUCAAAGAUGAUGCUGACUUCUGCGUCAUCCAUUAUGCCGGGAAGGUGGACUACAAGGCGGGCGAGUGGCUCAUGAAGAACAUGGACCCCCUGAAUGACAACGUGACCACGCUGCUUAACCAGUCCUCAGACAAGUUUGUGUCUGAGCUGUGGAGAGAUGUGGAUCGGAUUGUGGGCCUGGACCAGGUGGCUGGGAUGUCGGACUCCAUGCCGGGGGCCUUUAAAACUCGCAGGGGCAUGUUCCGCACCGUGGGGCAGCUGUACAAGGAGUCCCUCAGCAAGCUGAUGACCACGCUGAGGAACACCAACCCCAACUUUGUCCGCUGCAUCAUCCCCAACCACGAAAAGAAGGCGGGUAAACUGGACCCCCACCUUGUUCUGGACCAGCUGAGGUGUAAUGGUGUUCUGGAGGGCAUCCGUAUCUGCAGGCAGGGCUUCCCUAACCGCGUCGUCUUCCAGGAGUUCCGGCAGAGGUACGAAAUCCUCACCCCCAAUGCAAUUCCCAAGGGCUUCAUGGAUGGGAAACAGGCUUGUGUCCUCAUGAUCAAAGCCCUAGAGCUGGACCCCAACCUGUUUCGGAUUGGGCAGAGUAAAGUGUUCUUCCGGGCUGGAGUGCUCGCUCACCUGGAGGAGGAGCGGGACAUGAAGAUCACCGACGUCAUCAUCAGCUUCCAGGCCUGGUGUCGGGGCUAUGUCGCCCGCAAAGCCUUUGCCAAGAGGCAGCAGCAGCUGACUGCCAUGAAAGUGAUCCAGAGGAACUGUGCUGCCUACCUCAAGCUCAGGAACUGGCAGUGGUGGAGACUCUUCACUAAGGUGAAGCCGCUGCUGCAGGUGACCAGGCAGGAGGAGGAGAUGCUGGCAAAGGACGAGGAGCUGACGAAGGUGAAGGAGAGGCAGCAACAGGCCGAGCAGCAGCUGCAGGAGUACGAGGCCAAGCAGCAGCAGCUGAACGCGGAGAAGCUGGCCCUCCAGGAGCAGCUGCAGGCGGAGACGGAGCUGUGCGCGGAGGCGGAGGAGAUGCGCGCCCGCCUGGCCGCCCGCAAGCAGGAGCUGGAGGAGAUCCUGCACGACCUGGAGUCCCGCGUGGAGGAGGAGGAGGAGCGGGUCACUCAGCUGCAGAACGAGAGGAAGAAGAUGCAGCAGAACAUCACGGAUCUGGAGCAGCAGCUGGACGAGGAGGAGGCCGCCAGGCAGAAGCUGCAGCUGGAGAAGGUGACCACAGAGGCCAAGCUCAAAAAAGUGGAGGAGGACGUGAUGGUGCUGGAGGACCAGAACAGCAAACUCGGCAAGGAAAAGAAGCUGCUAGAGGACAGGAUUGCUGAGUUCACCACCAACCUGGCUGAAGAGGAGGAGAAAUCCAAGAGCCUGCAGAAACUGAAGAACAAACAUGAGGCCAUGAUCACAGACCUGGAGGACCGUCUCCGUAAGGAGGAGAAGAUGCGCCAGGAGCUGGAGAAGAACCGGCGCAAGCUGGAGGGCGACUCCACCGAGCUGCAUGACCAGAUUGCCGAGCUCCAGGCCCAGAUUGCCGAGCUCCGUGCCCAGCUGGCUAAGAAAGAGGAGGAACUGCAGGCAGCCCUUGCCAGGAUUGAGGAGGAGGCAGCCCAGAAGAACCAUGCCCAGAAGAAGAUCCGGGAGCUGGAGGCGCAGCUGUCCGAGCUACACGAGGACCUGGAGCUGGAGCGGGCCGCACGUGCCAAGGCUGAGAAGCACCGCAGGGACCUCGGGGAGGAGCUGGAGGCCCUGAAGACGGAGCUGGAGGACACGCUGGACUCCACCGCGGCCCAGCAGGAGCUCAGAGCAAAGCGUGAGACAGAAGUGACACAGUUAAAGAAGACCCUCGAAGAGGAGGCCAAGAUCCAUGAGCAGCAGGUUGCUGACAUGCGGCAGAAACACAGCCAGGCUUUCGAUGAACUCAACGAUCAGCUGGAGCAGGCGAAGAGGAACAAGGCGUCCGUGGAGAAGGCCAAGCAGGCGCUGGAGAGCGAGCGGAACGAGCUGACCAUCGAGCUGCAGACGCUGAUGCAGGGCAAGAGCGACUCGGAGCACCGCAGGAAGAAGGCCGAGGGGCAGCUGCAGGAGCUGCAGGUCAAACACGUCGAGAGCGAGAGGCAGCGGCAGGAGCUGGCCGACAAAGUGACCAAGAUGCAGUCGGAGCUGGAGAACGCAAACAGUCUGCUCAGCCAGGUCGAGAGCAAGUCCAUCAAGGCCACAAAGGACUGUUCUGCAGUAGAGUCCCAGCUGCAGGAUGUGCAGGAGCUGCUGCAAGAGGAGACGCGGCAGAAGCUCUCUCUGUCCACCCGUCUUCGCCAGAUGGAGGACGAGCAGAACAGCCUGAGAGAGCAGCUGGAGGAGGAGGAGGAGGGCAAGAAGAACGUGGAGAGGCAGCUCGCCACGCUGCAGACGCAGCUGGCAGACAUGAAGAAGAAGGUGGACCAGGAGGCCAGUUCUCUGGAGAGUGCGGAGGAGGUGAAGAAGAAGCUUCAGAGGGACCUGGAAAGUGUCUCUCAGCAACUGGAGGAGAAGGCGUCCGCCUACGACAAGCUGGACAAGACCAAGACCCGUCUGCAGCAGGAGCUGGACGACAUGCUGGUGGACCAGGACCACCUGAGGCAGAUCGUCCAAAACCUGGAGAAGAAACAGAAGAAGUUUGACCAGAUGCUGGCUGAGGAGAAGACCAUCUCCAGCCGGUAUGCUGAAGAGCGGGACCGGGCCGAGGCUGAGGCCAGGGAGAAAGAGACCAGGGCUCUGGCGCUGACCCGAGAGCUGGAGACCAUGACUGAAAUGAGAGACGAGCUGGACCGGGCCAACAAGCUGCUGCGUGCCGAGAUGGAAGACCUGGUGUCCUCCAAAGACGACGUUGGCAAAAGCGUGCACGAGCUGGAGAAGUCGAAGCGAGGGAUGGAGCAACAGCUGGAGGAGAUGCGCACCCAGCUGGAGGAGCUGGAGGACGAGCUGCAGGCCACGGAGGACGCCAAGCUCAGGCUGGAGGUCAACAUGCAGGCCAUGAAGGCCCAGUUCGACAGGGACCUGCAGGCCCGUGACGAGAUGGGUGAGGAGAAGAGGAGGCAGCUCUUAAAACAGGUCCGGGAGAUGGAGAUGGAGCUGGAGGACGAACGCAAGCAGCGCUCGGUGGCCGUCGCUGCCCGCAAAAAGAUGGAGCUGGACCUGAAGGACCUGGAGGGCCAGAUCGACAUGGCCAACAAGAACCGGGACGAUGCGCUCAAGCAGCUUAAGAAACUGCAGGCCCAGAUGAAGGACCUGAUGCGGGAGCUGGAGGAUCUCCGCUUAUCCCGCGAGGAGACCCUCAACCAGGCCAAGGAGAACGAGAAGAAGAUCAAAACCAUGGAGGCCGACAUCAUUCAACUGCAGGAGGAGCUGGCUGCAGCGGACAGGAUGAAGAGGCAAACCCAGCUGGAGAGAGACGAGCUGCAGGAUGAGAUCAACAGCCAGGCCAGCAAGAACUCCCAGAUCAUGGAUGAGAAGAGGAGACUGGAGGCGCGCAUCGCCCAGCUGGAGGAGGAGCUGGAGGAGGAGCAGUGUAACACGGAGCUGGUGAACGACCGCCUCAAGAGGGCCACCUUGCAGGCUGACCAGAUCAAUACCGAGUUGACCGCGGAGCGCAGUAACUCCCAGCGCAUCGAAGGGCUGCGCUCACAGCUCGACCGCCAGAACAAGGAGCUGAAGAUCAAGCUGCAGGACCUGGAGGGAACCAUCAAGUCCAAGUACAAGGCCAACAUCACCUCCCUGGAGGCCAAGAUCGCCCAACUGGAGGAGCAGCUGGACAUCGAGACCCGGGAGAGGCAGCAGGCUUCAAAGCUGGUGCGGCGCACGGAGAAGAAAAUGAAGGAGGCCCUCCUGCAGGUUGACGACGAGAGGCGUAACACUGAGCAGUACAAAGACCAGGCGGACAAGCUGAACAGCCGGAUGAAGCAGCUGAAGAGGCAGCUGGAGGAGGCGGAGGAGGAGGCCACCCGAGCCAAUGCCUACCGCAGGAAACUGCAGAGGGAGCUGGAGGACGCCACCGAGUCCGCUGACGCCAUGAACCGCGAGGUCAGCAGUCUGAGGAGCAAGCUCAGGCGUGGGGAUUUGCCCUUCACCAUGCGGCGCACGACUGGCCGUUCAGGAGCGGACAGCGACGAGGAGGACAUCAAGAGCGAAACCCCUGAGCCCAAAAUGGAGUGAUCUGCCUUCCACUAACUGUCACGGUGCCAUCGCUGGCCAUAUGAGUGAACUGUUUCAUGCACACUUUCACUUACGCAUAUAAGGAUACACUGGCAACACUGUGCACGGGUAUAAAUGGCCAUGAAUACUUAUGCCAAGAUACUUUGUACACGCACAACACCGUAACACAUACACUGAUACAUGUACACAUUAAAUGCUUUUCAUCAUAAUACUGUAAUACAGAGAUAGAGUACCCAAUUCAUAUUGUGACAAUCAUUCUAAUGUACACAGUGGCUCAGGAAGACAGUGUAUGCAAAGAACUACAUAAAUCUUUACACAAUCUAUACAAAUGCAGAUAUAGCAAUGAUGGCCAAAUUCUUUCUUUUCCUUCUCCUGAAUAUGAAUGUGAAUAUUUUUGUAAGGAAACAUUCUAACUAUAUUCCUACUUCUGGAUCUAUUUUUCUACUUUGAAUUAGGAAAGAAAUGCAAAAAUAUAGGAUGUUAAGGUGACCAAAGUAAUAUUGCAGUUUAAAGGAGAUAUGUAUUUUAUUCUAAAGUUUAUAUUGGUUUGUGAAAAGUAUAAAAGCCCUGCCACCUUUUAUAUCUCUCUACCUCUCUUUGUAUUGGGGGUUUCUGUGCUAAAUGUACUGUGUUCCACUUAACCGUUCCUACUUUACCUUAUAAUAAUGGUUUGGGUUCAUUAAAAUGGCAUUGCAUUUAAAAUGUAUGUUGCAUGUUAUAUGAGUGCAAAAAAUGUGGGGGAAAAAUGCAGAUGUAUGUCAUAGCUUGCUGGAAAAAGCCAUACAAUAUGGACUUAAUGUGCAGACAAUAGUGGUGAGGCAGAGUUUGCACCAAGCACUGGUUUGAGAUUGCUGUUACAUUUGGAUAUGCACACAAGUCAUCAGGGAACAUGUGAAAAGGUGAACAAUGAUACUGCACUUGAAACAAAUGCAAAACAAGAAGAACGAAAGGAUAUGAGGUAUAUGCAUUUAUAGACACAUCCAGGCUAAGCCACCGUUAGUUACACUGUGUAGGAUGUUUAGAGAUUUUUCUGGAAAAGCAGUUGUUUCUGCAGAUUGCCUUUGGGGCUGAUAGGGUGGUGGGGUUUUUUUUUGUUUUUUUUUACUCGCUGCACACACACUAUUCUCUCGCACUGUUCUGCAUUGAGCUGUCAAAUAUAGAGGGUGGAGGGGGGACUUCCUCCCUUUAACUCCAUUGUUUCCUUAUAUUUCCAUUGUAGUAGUCUCUCUCUCUCGGAACCUCCCCUGUCUGCAUUUUUCAUUCUGUUUUUACACGGAGAGGGAAGUAAGAAGGUGUCACUAUA